UCUGUGUAGUUUGUUUUGCGGGAGACAGACAGAUACAGUCUGGCGGCUAAUGGGUUAAGGAGCGGGGGUCCAUAUUCCUCCUUUCUUUAUCGCCAUGAUGAACAAAUGAACUCUCGGGGCAUGAAAUUUAAAUUUCAUAAAGGAGAAAAAGUUCUUUGUUUUGAGCCGGAUCCAUCAAAGGCUAAAGUUCUCUAUGAUGCAAAGGUUGUCGACAUUAUCCUGAGAAAUGAUGAUCGGGGUAAGCGGGUGCCGCAGUACCUGAUUCACUUUAACGGCUGGAACAGAAGCUGGGACCGUUGGGCAGCUGAGGACCAUGUUCUGCGAGAUUCUGAGGAAAAUCGAACACUUCAGCGUAAACUGGCGCGCAAAGCUUUGGCUCGCAUGAAGAGAAAGGGAUGGAGGAAACGACACAGUCGUUUACCUGGUGUUAACCCAGCAUUAAAGCCCCUUCCAGAAGAGGAGGAGGAGGAGAGCGAUGAGACUUCGUUGAUCUCAUCAUCUGAUGAUAGUGACGAGGACGAUUCAGAAGACCCUGAUUCUCUAAAAACUGGAGAGAGUGACUCGUCUGAUGAUUUGGAUGAAAUGAGGGAGGAGCAGGAGGCUCAUGGCAAGCGGGAGGCAGGCGAGGAGAAGAUCAUCUCGAUCACCAUCGACAUCCCAGACAUCCUCAAGAAGAAGCUGGAGGACGACUGCUACUACAUCAACAAGAGGAAAAAGCUGGUGAAGCUUCCAUGUCAGAUGAACAUCGUGAACAUCCUGGAGUCGUACGUGAAGCACUUCACUCUCAACGCCGCCUUCUCUGCCAACGAGCGCCACCGUCGCCAGUGCUCUGCCUCUCCAGACUCCACGGCUAACGCCGUGCCUCCUGAGAAGAACGAAGACCUGUGCAAGGAGAUGGUGGACGGGCUGAGGAUCACCUUUGACUUCACCCUUCCCAUGAUCCUCCUGUACCCGUGCGAACAGGCCCAGUUCAAGAAGGUCAGCUCCUCCAAGUUCAUCCUGCCCCUCAGCGACCCCUCGCCAAGCUCCAGCAGACCACUGCGGGAGCGUUCUCCCAGCCCCGGGGCCAACCCCUCCACUCCCCAGUCAGUGGACAGCCAGCCCACCAUGAGUGAGACGUCCACCGGGUUGCCCCACUUCGUCCUGGGCCACAGCUACUCUACCACCAGCACCACCACCACCACCCCUGGCGGCGGAGGCGGAGGUGGGGGCGGCUCCUCCCAUAAGCGGCGCAAAGGAGGCCCGGGGUCCGCGUCGGAGGCGGCCGACUGGGCGCAGGCUCUACGGCGCUCCACGCGUAACGCCUCGGGCGGGGAGAGGGAGGGGGGCAGCAGCAGCAGCGCCUCGCCCCCGCCCAAACGGCGCCUGGGGGACCACCACCUCUCCAAGUUCUUCCUCAACCUCGACAGGAGGACCCCCGUACACAGCGGUUCCUCCUCUCCAUUGCCGCUGACCCCGAGUAAAGAUGGCAGCGGGGUGUUCGCCGGCCUGGCGACGAGGCGGAACAACGAGCUUAAUGAGGUGUUGAGUUGGAGGCUGACUCCGGACAACUAUCCUUUGAGUGACCAACCCCCUCCCCCAUCUUACCUCUAUGGCUCACAGCAUCUCCUACGACUCUUUGUGAAACUGCCAGAGAUCUUGGGCAAGAUGCACAUCCCCGAGAGGAACCUCCGAGCACUAGUCAAACACCUGGAGUUAUUCCUCAGGUUUCUGGCGGAGUUCCACGAGGACUUCUUUCCGGAGAGUGCGUACGUGUCGGCCACGGAAGCCCACUACUCAAUGAAGCAGCCGCACCCCGCCUUCUGAGCAUGCCCACAAACUCUCUGACCACCCAAACAAAAACAUACCAUCUCCACCAUGACCCUCGGAACUCUUUGACCACUUUAAAAAAAAACAUACAAUCUCCCGCAUAAUCCCUCCAUGACCUCAGAACUGAAGCCAGCCCUCUUUUUCGCCUGUGAGACACACCUGGUUGCCUGGUUCAGAGACUCCCAAAUAUCUGAAUCGGCCAAAUUGUGAAAAGUGAUGUUAUUUCUUUCUUGUGCAGUUGCACUGGAGAACAUUUCCACUGAUUGGAUUGCCAAUUCCCCUUUUUUUGGGAGGGAAUUGAGUGAAGAAUUGAUAUAGAGUAUGUCUGUCAUCACAACCUUUCCCCUGCCAUUUGUUUUGCUCUCUGUGCACAAAGAUGUGUCUCUUUCUUCCUGUGUCCCACGCUGAUCACCUUCUUGCUGUCCAGCUCUUCUUUACCGCUUCCCCGGCCUUCCAACGCAACUGUCAAAAAAGACUUUUCCAGAAAGGAAGAAAUUGUUGCUCACUUCUUUUUUUUUUUCUCCCAUGCUCACAUUUUCGUGACAUGAGAAAUGUGGGCAGUGGCUUUGCCUUCAUCAAACUGUGUGUGUGUGUGUGUGUGUGUGUGCGUGUGUGCGUGCGCGUGCUUGUACUUGCAUGUGUGAAAUAAGUGUUAAAAUGCUUAGGCUGUUCUAAUGUGUCUGCGUCCUUUGCUGUGCUAUGCGCUUCUUUUCUCUCUCUCUCUCUGAGCUUAGGCCUCCUUUACUAGCUUUGGAUUGCUAUCUGUAGUGUGAAUGGAGGUACAUGGUACCAUGAGAUUGAUGCGCAUAGACUGUGUACUGUAUUUGUUACUUGUAUGUAUGAGUGUCUGUAGGCUCUGUGUUAUACUUCAAAUUUGUCAUUUGCUAUCAAGUUCAAAUGGAAGGGCAUUUGUGUAUUACUUAAUUUUAGUUAAAUUAACGAGGCACCGUUACAGCUAGAAUUGGAUAUAUGCAUGAAAAAAUUGAUUUGUAAAAUAUACAAUGAUUGAGUUAAAAGGAAAUUAAUGUUAUUUUUUACAGUUUGGCAUUGUUGCAUAUUUAAAAGACAGAUUUGUGUCUUCGUGGUUCUCAAAUACAGUUUUUA